AUGGGCGAAAUUGUAUUGCUGGUAACUUCGAGUGAAAUUUCUUCUUUCCUCUUUACACGAGGAAGAACAACUCAUUCGAGAUUUGGUAUCCCUUUGAAUGUAAUUGAGAAUUUUACUUACACCAGCAUGUACCCGGGGUCGGAUUUAGCAGCUCUUCUCAUUAAAACAAAACUAAUCAUUUGGGAUGAAGCUCCCAUGAUGCAUAAGUGUUGUUUUGAAGCACUUCAUAGAAGUUUGAGGGACAUAAUGAGGUCGGUUGAUAGGUUUAACUUGCAUCGACCUUUUGGAGGCAAAGUCAUGGUAUUCGGUGGUGAUCUCAUGCAGAUAUUAAAAAUUAUACCGAAGCGAACGUGGCAAGAUAUCGUGUUCGCCACCGUUAAUUCGUCUUACUUGUGGGAUUCGUGCAAGGUCCUAAGACUUACUCGCAAUAUGAGAUUACAAUUAGGUUCUCCGAAAUAUUUUGUCGAUGAAUUGCGAGAAUUCUUAGAGUGGAUACUAAGCGUAGGAGACCAAAAGACUAGGGGUCCUAAUGAUGGUGAAGCUGUAAUCGAGGUUGCAAAAAAUAUUCUUAUAGACCCUAGGACCGAUCCAAUGUCAACAAUUAUUGAUAACACAUACCCAAACCUACAUGAACAUAUUCGGGAAGUUAAAUACUUCCAGGAAAGAGCUAUUUUGGCGCUAACAAAUGAGAUAGUGAAGAUAGUAAAUGAUCAUGUUCUAUCUACCAUUCUUUGA